AUGCCUAAAGAUCAAACUUCAGAACAUAAAAGCUGUAAAGAUUCUCAUUGUUGUCUUUAUAACAUAGUUUGUUCUCUUGAAUUAGAAAUUCAGCAACGUGAUAACUUUCUUGCUGAUUUUCAAAGAUUUCUUUCAAAUCGUCUUGGUGACUCCUUUCUUACUUUUUAUCAUGAGUUUAUUGAUUCUUACUCUUGGGAUUCUAUAGGAAUUAAUCUUUCUGAACAUUCUUAUGAAAGUGUUACUGUUGAAAAGUCUUCUUCUCUAAAUUAUUGGUCUAGAGUGAAUAAUAUUCUUAAUCCGGCUAUGGUACAUUCUUGUGAGGAUAAAGAGGUUUCUGAUAUCGAGUCUCUUCAUGAUGUUUCUGAGUUGGAACAGUUGGAACAAAAAUAUAUAAAUUAUUCUCCUUAUUCUUCUAAUAAUUGCUCUGAUGAUGAAUCUGUUCUUGAUGAUUACUAUGGUAAUAAUAAACAUUAUGAUAGUGAUUAA